AUGCUCCGUUCGACUCUUUCAACAGUCAGUCGAACUACAUCACUGAUACCUCGACGCUUAUAUGCUCCACCAAAAGCUGCAGCAGCUGCUGCAGGUGUAAAAGUCGACAAAUCUUUCGUCGAAGAAGAUGCUGUCAAAUUGGCAACCCACGUAUGCAUCAAUGCAUACACACAAGGAGAUGAGCCGGGACCGAAAAUUCUUCCAGACUCGGAGUAUCCUGAAUGGCUGUUCAAAUUGGAUCUUCGAGCACCAAGAGAUUUAGAAGAUUUGGAUGCCGAAAAGGAUGGAUGGUUGUACUGGAGAGCUCUAAGAAAAAGACAAGUCGAGCAAAAUCAACGAAUUCAGAAGUUGAAGACUAAGUUCCUACACUUGCAGAAUAGUCCCAGUAUGAAGAAGAAUUAA